AUUAAAUCUGUAGAUGAGUAUGCCCUUGCAAGAACCAGCAUGGGUGUUCUAAAGCUGGUGAAAUAUAUAAAAAAGUUGCGAGGUACAGUCAGCAAAAUCAUCCGUGCCAGUCAAACAGCCGAGGACCGGCGGAUCAAGGACCUAAAUGCACAACUAGAUUUCGAUUGUGAGAUCGAGCAAGUGCACCAAAAUACGAUUAAUGAUCUUCUUCAUCAAGCAUGGUUGGCAGAGGUGCGCAAGAGUGAGCGGGAAUGGCAGAAGAAGACGGACGUGCAACAGCAGGUGAUCAACUCUCGACAGCAACCAAACGAAGCCCUUGUCCAACCGUGCGCCACAGAUUCACAAUACCCAUGCCCCCAAGAUAAGACUAGUGGCCGGAUUGAGGAGAUGAACACGCCCGAGUCAACUCAUGCAGCUUGCUACCAUGCGACUGGAAACGCCUCAUGCAGACAAAGUCAGCUUCUUCGUUCAGAAGGCGAAGUAUCUGUCUAAUCUCAGCACACAGCCCUGUGGGGUGCAGGAGAC